CUUGUCUGAUUUUGCUUGUUCUGGCUUUUCAACCUCUUUCCCAUUUCAAUGAUUUGUUUAUACACUUCGUUCAAUUGGGCUUUCAAUUGUUCAACCUCAUUACUAAUUUCAGAUUCACAUCUAAUCUCUCUACUCAUCAGUUGCAUUUCACGGUUAGCUUCAAUAUGCGAGAUUAGGUGUUGUUCGUCAACCUGAGCUGCUUCCAUGUUGCUAGCCUCCAGAGCAUUGUCUUCCUCUUCUGAACUCAGUUGUGGUGGUUCACAAUCACCGUAUUUUUGCGGGUAUGGCUGAUUUUUAUCCUCUGAACUGCGUGAUAUUUCUAUGAUUUGUUUAUCUGCGUAUCUUGAACCUCAGCACUUCUAGUAACAACGGCCGAUAACCUUACAUCUUCUCCUCUUCCUCUACCUCCUCUCGCUCUCCCUCCUCUACCGCCCCUCAUGACUACCGGUAGAGGUUGUGGGUUCGCUUGAUUCAGGUGAGGCAGCUCGAGACCAGACGGCUCUAACGUUUAGAAGAUCAAACGUAUUAUUGCAAUAAAAGAAAAAAUUAAGAAAAAGAUUAGCAAUUUGCAAAGGUGAUGGAUGCAAAGGAAGCCAAAAAACAAAUAUUAUUUGCAGUACCAAUAAUUCUUACAAAUAUAUUCUACAAUUUAAUUCCAACUGUCUCAAUUAUGUUCACUGGACAUCUGGGUGAGCUAGAACUUGCUAGUUCUACUCUUGCCCAAUCUUGGGCUACUGUUACUGGCUAUUCUUUCAUGAUUGGCUUAAGUGGUGCACUUGAAACAUUAUGUGGUCAAGGAUUUGGUGCAAAAAUGUAUAACAUGUUGGGGAUUUAUCUACAAGCAUCAUGUAUAGUUUCCUUCAUAUUCUCCAUAGCCAUAUCCUUACUUUGGUGGUAUACCGAACCCAUUUUAAUAUUACUCCAUCAAAACCCAAAUAUUGCAAAACAAUCAGCAAUUUACAUGAGAUUUCUAAUACCAGGUAUCUUUGCAUAUGGUAUUCUUCAGAACAUUUUACGGUUCUUCCAAACACAAUCAGUGGUUCUACCCAUUGUUUUAUUCUCACUUUUGCCCUUGCUCUUACACAUUGCCUUCACAAAUUUGUUGGUUCAUCACACUUCUCUCGGUUUCCAGGGCGCUGCAUUGGCUACUUCCCUUACCUUUUGGUUCUCUGUUCUUAUUCUUGUGGUUUAUGUCUGUUUUGCCAAAACUUUCAAGCGUACUUGGACAGGCUUAUCCUUCACUACAUUUAGCUAUGUCUUUACUAACUUCAAUUUAGCCUUAUAUUCUGCCUCUAUGCUUUGUUUAGAAUAUUGGGCAUUUGAAAUCUUGGUGAUCUUGGCCGGCAUAAUGCCAAACUCUGAAGAGACCACUUCACUCAUUGCAAUGUGUGUUUAUACAGAAGCAAUAGCUUUUAUGGUUACUUAUGGCAUGAGUGCAGCUGCAAGGUAUUAA